AUGGGUUUAGAAAAUAAUACAACUGUUCGAAUUAUGGAAGAUCAUAAAAGUUCAUGUUGUGCGAAAAUGAAAAGUUUUUGGUUAAAAUUAAAAAUAAAUAAUGCUUUAUCACAUAUUGGACUCUUAGUUAUAUUAAUGAUUUAUACUGUUGCGGGUGGUUUGAUAUUUCAAAGGCUUGAAUAUCCUGCUGAGAAAUUACGUUUAAAAGAAUUGAAUAGUGUCACAUCGAAAGAACGGAUACAUUUUGUUGGUAGUAUUGUUAAUAAUACUGAUGUAUCAAAUAUGGCACGAUUAGUUUCUGUUGAAUUGGAUCGUUAUGAACAAAUUUUACAAGAAGCAUUCAGUGGUGGAUUAAGGGUAAUUGAUCCAACAUCUGAUUCAAAAUUUGAAGCUGGAGUUGAACAUUGGAGUAUUUUACAAGCAGUAUUUUUUUCAUCUACUGUUUUAACUACCAUUGGGUAUGGUAAUAUUGUUCCAGUAACAUUUUGGGGACGUAUAUUUUGUAUAUGUUUUGCAUUGAUUGGUAUCCCGUUAACAUUAACUGUAAUUGCUGAUUUGGGUCGAAUAUUUGCAAGUGUUGUAUCAAUAUUAAUGCGUCGAAUGUGUAAACCAUCAGUACUUUAUACUAAUUUUUUUUUUUUUUUUUAUUUAAUGGUAUAAAGGGCAUUAUAUGCAAUAGCUGCUGUAAUAUUUUUAAUAUUAUACUUAGCCGCCGGUGCUGGUUUAUUUUUAUUAUGGGAAGAAGAUUGGACAUUUUUUGAUGGUUUCUAUUUUUGUUUUAUUACAAUGACAACUAUUGGUUUUGGUGACUUAGUACCAAAAAAACCAAAAUACAUGCUAAUAUGUACAUUAUAUGUAUUAGUUGGAUUAGCACUAACUAGCACAAUUAUUGAAUUAGUACGUCGUCAAUAUGCACAAUCUUGGCGCCGUUUACAAGCGUUAUCAGGACCUUUAGCGGAUACAUUACGACGAUUAAGUGAAUCUGCUGGUGGGCAUACAUUAGAUAUCGCUGCAUUUCAACAAGAUUUACGGAAAGUUUUAACAGUGGUCAGUAUGCCGAAAUGGGCAUUACAUUCUGGUAGUAGUACAGGAAAAGUAAGCAAAGCUGAGCAACAAGAAUGGGAAGAGGCGAUGGAAGCAGUCCUUAGGGAUAUAACGGCUGCAGCACCACCACCAAUAACACGAAAUGUAUUAAAUCGACAAACCCCAUUAGUACAAAUUGUUAUUUAUGAAAGUUCCGUUUAAUGGUGAUAUGAGGGAGAGACUUGAUCGUAUAGUAAAUCCUUCCAUGUAACAAUUUGGCAUUUACUUUACGUUAUAGAGAGUACCUACUUAAAAAGUACAGUAUUUUUGGGGAAAAAGUGGAAAAAAGUCCUCAA